GUUGUUGUUGUUUGUUAUCGUCGUGUCGCUCCUGGUCGCGUCGUCUUGCGGUGCGGAUGUGGAUGUCGCCUGACAUUUGCUACUAGGAAGAAACACCAUCGAUGGCCGAGUUUAUCCGGGGAGGUAGCGGCGUUGUGCUACCCACACCUUUGCCGAGAUACAAAAUGCAGGGAUCCCCGAGCACGGGGAGCGACGAAGGUCCAGAUCCGCCGCAAGCCGAAGAUUUCGAUCCCUUCCUGGCAGAGGCUGAGGAACCCGAACCCCCGAUCAACAAUGAACCCUGUGCACCGCCAGAGAGCCAAUGGUACCAUGGACGACUUCACCGUUGCCGUGCUGAAGAGCGUCUUUGGGGCGCUAACAAGUCUGGAAGUUACUUAGUGCGUGAAAGUGACAGAAAGCCUGGUUCUUAUGUGUUGUCAUAUCUUGGGAGAACUGGUAUCAACCAUUUUAGAAUAACAGCUGUUUGUGGUGAUUUUUAUGUUGGUGGACGACAGUUUGAUUCCCUUUCUGAUUUGAUUGCUUAUUACAUACACUCUUCUGACUUGCUCAAAAGAGAAAGAUUGGUCUACCCCGUUCCACCACCAGAACCUGUCAAUGAUAAAAAGCGGGUGGUUGCUAUCUUGCCUUACACUAAAAUGCCGGAUACAGAUGAGCUUACAUUCCAGAAAGGUGAUAUCUUCUUUGUCCACAAUGACAUGGGAGACGGAUGGUUGUGGGUGACUGCUCACAGAACUGGCGAGCAGGGAAUGAUAUUUCAGGAGCUUGUUGAAGACCUUGAUGACAAUAUUGAUCCCAACACAGUAUUUAGUUGGUUCCAUCCUGGUGUUACAAAAAGUGAAGCUGUUGAUAUGUUAGUGAAAGCUGGUCCUGGCAGUUUCCUUGUAAGGCCAAGUGAUAACUCACCUGGAGACUAUUCUCUGUUCUUCCACAUUAACAAUCAAAUCCAAAGAUUUCGUAUUGAGAAGAAAGGUGUUCGAUAUCUCAUGGGAGGAAGAACAUUUGAAUGCCUCGAUGCAGUGAUAAAUCGUUACCGCAAAGAGCAAAUUGUGGAGGGGCAUACCUUGGUUCAGGCAGUUUCAAGAAAUGUUUCAGAGAUUGACGGACCUGUAAAAUCCAAAGAAGUGCAACAUGCAGAAAAAAUUUAUGCUACUCUUCGUGAGUGUAGAGAGCAGGUUGGCAUGAAAAAGAUUAAAGGUAUUAAAAUGCAGGGCUAUCUUAGCAAGAAAAAUGACAAAAACAAAAAGUGGAAGCCCAUGUAUUGUGUUUUGCUUGUUGAUGGAUCUGACACUCAAUUAAUGUACUAUGAGAAUCCAAAGAGAACUAAACCGAAAGGCCUAGUGGAUUUAAGCUGUGCCUACUUAUAUCAGGUUCAUGACAGCGUGUUUGAUCGGCCAAACUGUUUCCAGCUUGUUGAAAAAGCCCUUCCUUGCCUUGCUACUAUUUCUUAUCUAUCAGGCUCCACUGCAGAUAUCACUCAGGAAUGGGUAACAGCAUUACGUCCUCUAUGUGUCACCCAAAUGACACGCACUCCCAAAAUACCCAGGUUGAGAGAGAUGCGUUGCUUAGAGCUGCACCUUCUAAAUGCUCAUAGACUGCCAUAUAAACUAGUGCCAAAUCCAUUUUGUAUAAUAUCUCUGAAUCAAGUAAAAGUUGCAAGAACAAAAGUGAACACUGGCCCUGAUCCUCUGUGGGAUGAGGAAUUUGUGUUGGAUGAUGUGCCACCUGAUGUCAUGACAUUCACUAUCACAGUGUAUAACAAGGGUAAACGUUCAAAGGACACUGAGGUUGCAGAACUCACUGUAGAGUUAUCGUCAUUGGUAAACGGAGAUGAGACUGAAGAUUGGUACAGUCUCUCGGGCAUGACUCCGAUGGGAGAGUGGGGAUCUCUUCGACUCAGAAUUCGUUAUAUGCAUGAUCUAAUAAUGCCACAAGAGGAGUAUUCGCCUAUGAAGGAACUUCUUCUUGACCCUUCUUUGGAAGUUGUUCGAGCUCUUGCAGAUGUUUGUCAUAUGGACCGUGUACCGCUUGCCAACUCUCUCUUAAGAAUAUUUAGGCAUGAACGUAAGGAAGCAGACUUGUUAAAGACAUUAAAUGAGGCAGAAAUAGAGAAAGAAGAAGAAACAUCCACUCUGUUUCGGGCUGCAUCUUUAACCACAACGUUAAUGGAUUUGUACAUGAAGUCAAUUUGUACUGGUUUUCUUCAAGCAGCAAUUCAAGACACAAUUCAGAAAUUGCUGGAUGCCAAACAAUCUUGUGAGCUUAAUCCAACUAAAAUGGAAUCUCCGGAUGAUGCAUGCAACAAUGCAGAGUACCUGCUACAGAUUUUGGAUGAAAUCACUUUGUCAAUAUUUAUGUCUGCAGAAGCUUGUCCCAGGACUGUACGAUAUAUUUGCUGUUGUUUGCAACGUACUGUUAUGGCAAAAUGGCCACAUGAAAGAUUGGUCCGAACUCGUGUUGUGAGUGGAUUUAUCUUUCUGCGGCUUCUUUGCCCUGCAAUCCUGAAUCCUCGCCAAUUCAACUUGAUUUCAGAGCCACCUCCUCCAAUGGCUGCUCGGUCUCUUAUAAUGGUUGCCAAGUGCCUCCAGAACUUAGCAAACCUAGUUGAAUUCGGUGGCAAAGAACCAUAUAUGGAAGUAGUGAAUCCAUUUAUAUUAAAAAACAAAGAGCGCAUGGUUGUCUAUCUUGACCAAAUAUCUAACUUGGGUGACAAACCUGAUUCCGAAGAAACUGGGAAGAUAAAGGGAGAUCCUGCCAGGGAACUUGCUACUCUCCAUCACAUUUGUGGCAAUCAUCUGAAAGAACUGCAGACAUUGAGUAAAUCAAAACCAACCAUCAGACAGUUGGUUACUGUCACCGAAAUGUUAAGCAAACACAAGCAAAAAUACAUGGAAAUGAUUGGGUAGUUUGCUAUGUGGCAAUUUUUGACCAAUUUUAUUUUUUACAUCAGGGUGCUAGUUUGUAUUCUGUGAACAGUUUUUUUUAACCUGUGUUUUAUUUUAGCUGAUUUGUCUGUUUUUAUUUUCUAAUCCUAUAUUUAGCAUAAUUUUAUUAUUACUGUAUUUAGUUCAAGUUGUACUGUUUUACCACAGCAUGUCUAGAAAAUUGUAUUGUCAUUCUCUUCAUUUUUUUUCUUUCAAGUUUCUGUAUAUCUUUCAAUGUAGCAGUUACAUUUGGUUACGAUUUUGUACUGUGUAAUUUGAUGGCUAAUUAAUGUAGGGACAUAUCCUAUGAAUUCAUAUGUUCAAGUUAUAUGCUAUGUAAUUAUUGUACUGAGUUUCUUGAUGUGCCGCAUUUAGAUUUUUCUUAAAUCUUGGUAUUUAUGGGGGAUCCUAUGAAUAUGUCCCCUUGAUACAAAUGCAGAAAUGAUACAGUACAGAUUUUUACAGAUGUUAUACACUUCAAUCUUUACUGUUCACUCUAAAUUAAUUAAAUAGUAUUACUUACCUUGCCUAGUCUUAAUCAUAAUGUCUGUGUGAUAAAUGAAGUUUCUAAUAUAAUCAAUCAUUCUUCCUGUGCCUGAAACUGUAAAUGGCGUGGAGAGACAAAUAGCUUUAAUUUUCAUCUCUUUGCUUCUCAUUGUAUUAUCAUACUUAGUCAAUUAUCUGCUGUACUGAUAGAAGUGGAGGUGUUACUUUUUUGAAGUUCUACAUCAGUGAAAGCUAUCUAAGGAGCUGUCUCUUUAAACUUAUGCUCACUUAAGUAUAGUCCCAAAGUGAUCCGCAAUUUUUUGGUGUUGUGCUGGUUGUGAACUCAUGUACAGUACUGUCAGUAGCAUUUGUAACAGGAUUUUGUAUCUUGUUUCUAUGAGUGGAAUUUCUUAACAUACAGCUGCUAUGUUUUGUGAAUCAAUAUAAUUAAUUUUCAGAGCCUUAGAGCUGUUGGAUGACAUUUUAACUUGCAUACUGGUGACAUAAAAACAUUUGCACAACUGUAGUUUGAAAAAAAAUUGAUAGAAAAAGGAGAAAAAAAAACCUGGGAUGAAUGGCCCCUUUCCUUGCACUGCGCCCCCCCCCCUUUUUUUUCUUAAGUACAUUUUUGCCAAAUGUGAAACCUUUUGUUAAAGAUAUGAGAUACUGUACUUUAGGGAACAAUGUGUAUUUUAGUUCCAUCCAGACAGAAAAUCCUGGGCCUGUUUAAUUUCUAGUCUGAGAGUGAAGUGCAGGUUUUGCAUAAAAUAAACUUUGCCUACAAGAUAAAAUUAAAAAAAUUUAAAAAAAAAGGAUAUGUCCAGAGUGCGUCUAUGAAAAAUAACUUGUCUUUUCAAUGUCUUUGGUCUUUGUAGGAACUCAAAAAUUUUUAUAUACAAUUAAGAAUUUUUGUUUUAACACACAAUGGUAAAAUAUGAACAUGAACUGAA